UAUUUAUUUUCUUAUAAUUUUAACCAUUGAAAUGGUUGCUGAACCUUGUGUAGUGUGUGGUGGAACAGACCAAAAAUUAAUUGAUGGAUUCUAUUACUGUGUAGAAUGCGGUACACAAAAUACAAAUGUAAGAGAAACAGUGAUCGACCACAAAUCUUUAGGAGAUGGCACAUUUGCUAUAUCAACGAGGAGAAAAAUUGUUAAAAUACAUGAUAGUAAGAUUGAAAUGAGCCCAGAAUGGUACAAAUGGCAUGCAUAUAACUUCAUAAUCCUGGGACUUGCUGAUGAGCUGGUGGCAGCCGGAGCUAAUCCUUCAUUCAGAUUAAAACUUCUCUGGAUCUGGACAAGAUACAUAAGGAAAUAUCAAAAUAAAGAUGAUUUAGGAUUAGCAAAACCAUCACAAGAUAACAAUGAUAAUAUAAACCUUACAAGUUUUAUGGUAGAAGAGAAUAGUAACAACACAAUUAAUGAAGAUGUUAAUGAGCAAGAUAAUGUAGAAGACAAAACAACAAAAUUCAAAGGUGUAAAUAAUAUCAUGGACGGAUCUCGGAGAGAUAUAAAAUUUUUGUCAAAAGGAGUUAUUCUAGCCAUGUUAUACUUAGCACUGAAUUUAGAUGAGAGUGACAUACAACUCUCCCAUCUGUACAGGUUCAUCAAAGAGAAACAUUUAAAUUUCUCCAACAUUCUAAGGUUUGUACCAGAUGAUAUUCAUGUGAAAACUUUACAAAAACUAUGGACUAACUUCUUACACAGUAAAAUUGUUAAUAUGCAUUUCUUACGAGCAUUAGCCAUGUCGUUACUAAGGAAACUUGAUCUCGGAACACCCAAAGUUCCGAAUCUGAGAAAGAUUAUUGACAACAUCUUAUUGGAACUUUGCCUCCCAAAAGAUUUAAAACCUUUGAUAUAUUCCUUAAUGCAGUUUUAUCAAUGUGAUUUCCUUGAUGUCAGCAAUAAGUCUAAAGAACGCCUUAGUCGUGUGCCUGAUUAUGAAGGGGUGGUUAUGUCCUAUGUUCUAGUAGCUAUAAAACUGUGCUUUGGUCUAGAUGGGGAUUAUGAAGAAAGAUUAUCUGAUGUAGUUGAUAAGAUCAAUGUAGACAAAGAUCUUCAAAAGUCACAUAGAAAUGGGAAAUACAGUGAACCAAGUACAAGAUUGUUUUCAUUUAGGGAAUGGUGUAAUUAUUUACAAUUUAGAAAAAUCACUCUUAGUAAGUGCUGUCUGUACAUGGCCGAGCAGUAUUGUUUAGACACGGAUGAUCAAGUCUACAUUGAACACACAAGUGAUAGACCACAAAACACCAAAGACUUACAAGAUGAGACUGCGAUGGAUUUGAUUAAAAAAAUACCUGAAAAUAAUGAAGGAAGGGUUAUUCCAAAAGAUCGGUUUAUACCAACACUAACGCCUAUGUAUGAGUACACAGAUAUUAUUAUAGAACAUAGCCAGGAUCCAGAAUUGAGGUAUCUUCUUAGCGAAGAUUUUACACAAUAUUCACUAAAAUAUGCCUGUGAGGAUUUAGAAUUGUUAGAUGAUAAUGCUGAGAACAUCAUUAAAGGGGUAAGUGAUAAUAGAAAGAUAAGUAAUAAAAACAUUCUAGGCACAAUCGUUACAAAGAAAUGUAAAACUGAAAUGGUUUAUGUUAAGAAUUGUGAAAAUAAAAACUGGAUGAAAACAAAUCCGCCAACUAUGGAACAUGUGCACUGUGAAGAUGUGCAAAAUUCAAGUACCGACAAAGAGAGUGAUCACGGCUAUGACUCAGAAAACCCGACAAAUGAAAAAGAAGUUAUCAAGGAAACUGAAAAUGUGGGCGACGUCACGGAUGUUAGUAUGAAAGAAACAGAGAAAGAACAUAUUAGAGAGUUCAUCAUAACUGAAGAAGACAAUGAGAAAAAUAUAUUCGACGAUUCCUUUGAAGAACUUGAUUUAAAGGAUGAAAUAGAACAAGCUAACGAUGAAGAAUUAGACCUACCUAGCGAUGAGCUGCCGUUACCGAAUAACGAAUCAAUUAACGAUGAUCGCGCUAGUAUAAGUGACAUGUCAGAUAACGAAAGCAUGAUACCAAUAUUUAACCCCGAAACUUUUGAUAGAGAACAAACAAUUAAAGAGUUGGUCUUAAUGGCUUGUAAAAAAUAUAGAAUCCCUAUUCCUAAUGAGUACAGAAAUAAGGAACCUAGGAAAAGGAAGGCUGAUGUGAUGCGCGAUGAAGAUAUACACAGAGAACCAAGAAAACGGACUAAAACAAGUGUAGCGGAGAAUAAGCAGAAAGUGGCCGAACUCGUCUCUGGCUACUACGAUCAUCAGCGGUUAGAUUUUUUUAAUAAAUUACAAAACGAAGUCAGCUUGGCUAUUCGCAAUAGUGCACCCUUUGGUGGGUUAGAGCCCAAUCUAAAUGAUAUUGCCAAUAUCACGAAUGCAAACGUAACUCAAACUGAAUCGCUAAACACUACGGGUGUAGAUGUUGCUGCGUUAUCAUCAAGAACAUCAGUACUAUCUGAAAAUUUAGAAAAUCAAUUGACCAUUAACCCAGAAACAAGUGCACUACAAACACAAAGUGACAAAGAACAGAAUGCAGAUAAAAAUGAUGUUAUUGAAGAAGUAAUAGAUGAACAUACAGAGAAGAAAUUAUUCGAAGAUGAAGAUGAAAUGAACAUAGAUGACUUAAUACUCGAAACAAAGGUUGAUCCGAAAUUUGACGAUAACAAGUACGAUACUGAGCAACUUUAUCUUAAAAUCAAAAUGGAAGAAGAAGACGAAGAAGAAGACAAUACUAGUCUUUUACAGGAUUCUAACUUUGAUGAGAUAAUCAACAAAAAGCUGGAAGAAGGUAAAACUGGUUUCUUUUCGACAUCAAAACCAGAAAAGGUCGAGAACGUUAAAACAAAAUAUGAAAGUGAUUCUGAUGACGAAGUACCAUUGAAGAUGCUACAAGAAGAAAAGAAAAUGAUCGAGGCUAGGAUUGAAUGGGAAGAAAAUUUCGAACCUUUAAUUAAGAAAGAAAAUAUCACAGAAUAUAAAUAUUGGUUCAGGCAUUACGACCAUGACUUUAUGGCUCGGUCUAAAGACUGGCAUAAAAAGUUUGAUGAAGAAUUAAAAGAGAACACUCCAAGCAGUUUCUAUUUUGUCAUAAAAGAAUGCGCUACGGUUAUUAAUUCCACUACUUUUAAUGUUUAUAAGCACAUGCAGAAUCUGGAAAAGUUUAUAAGUGCUAGUGCGAAAUACGUAGAUAAGCAUUCAUUAGAUACGAUUACUAGUGUGGGAGACUCGAGUGUAGAACAACCAUGCUUCGGCACGAAUGGGUCGGCUCAACCGAGGAAUACCACGGCCUCAAGUGUGGUGGACUCAAGUGUAGAACAAUUUUGCUUCGGCACGAAUGGGUCGGCUCAACCCAGUGAUACCACGGCCUCAAGUGUGGGGGACUCAAGUGUAGAACAACCUUGCUUCGGCACGAAUGGGUCGGCUCAACCGAAUGAUGCCACGGCCUCACAGAACAACGGCGUGAAUGAACCACAGAGUUGUGUUUCGCCGUGUGAGUGAGCUUACCGGAGGUGCCAUCCUUCCCCUCCCGCAAUCUCUCCCUAAUUCCAAACAUAAUCCAUCUCCAAAACCCUAAUCCCCAAAUGGUCGGCAACAUACUCGUGAUUCCUCCGUUGAUGCGGUUGUCUAUGGUUGGCACUGAUUGGUUACUAUCAGGUAAUUCGUCUGAUUCAUUUGCCUUAAUAUCGCAUAAAAAAUAGUAAAUUCUAUGAGCAACAAGAAUGGCUUUUUGAAACAUGCCACUAACUGGUAGAUGUUGACUACG